CAAGUGGCGUAGAUAAUUUGAUAAACCAUUAUCUGUGAUUUAUAAAAGACACUUUUGUAUCGUUAUUGUGUUAGUGUGUAAAACAGGAUCGACUGUGAACAUUAUAAAUACGAUGUCGACGCCAGAACAAAUUUUGCGUACAUUGCUCGAUGAUAUAGUUAAAGAUAGAAAUUAUAGAGAUCCCAAAAUAGAUAUAAAACCUAUAUCUACCGGUGGUGCCAAUUACACUUCAGUGCUGUUUGCCAUAACGGUCUCUGAACCUGGGAAUGAAGACCUACAGCUAUUUGCCAAAGUUGGUACAGUUGGUGAGAAAAUAAGGUCGGAAAUGCCUUUAAACUUUUUCGAUAUUGAACGUCAUGCCUAUGAAGAUUUACUGAAGAAGUAUGAAAAAAUACAAGAGGACCACAAAGUGCCUAUCUCUGAGAGACUACGUAUACCUAAGUUUUAUGGUCAUAAUGCAAAUCUUUUUGAAGAAACCAUUGUUCUUGAAGAUCUAGCAGUGCAAGGUUUCACUACUUAUGAUAGACUAAAGUCAGUAGACUGGGACUAUGCAUCAAAAUCUGUGCAGGCUUUGGCGAGGUUCCAUGCUCUGUCGAUAGCCUACAGUGAAGAAAAUCCAGAAGAAUACAACAAGCUUCUAGAAAUUAUGAAAUUUGACAAAGAUACAUUUGUAACAGUUAUGGAAGCAACUUUCGGAAAGUUAAAAGCUACAGCUUUAAAUGGUACAUGGGAAAAUAAUAAAGAGAAAUUAGAGAAAUAUCUAGACAACAAUGUAACGUCGCAAACGCUGAUAAAAUUUUAUUUAUCCAAUCCUCGUAACAUUUUGUGUCAUGGAGAUUAUAGGGCGAGCAACUUAAUGCAUAGACUGAAUGAGGAUGGCACGUUAGAAGUAAUACCUGUAGACUACCAAACAUUACGGGCUUCUUCUCCGCUGAUAGAUCUGAUGUCGUUCAUAUUCAUGGGCUCUGAUGAGAACUUCCGCCGGCGACAUUUCUGGGAUCUGAUCGAUCAUUAUUACCGUGAGUUGUGCAGCGCGCUCCGAAAUCUGAACCUGGACCCAAACAAGAUCUACCCGGAGGACGAGUAUGAUUUAGAUGUCAAAGAGUUCCUUCCAUUUGGACUGCUAGUGGGAUUAUUUUCUCUUCCCAUUAUCACUGUGGACGCGGAAGACGCACCUUCCCUGGGCGGGGAAAACGAUUUCGCCACAUUUUUGGAGGUGAAGACUGGCGCAGUGUAUUCAGAGAGACUCAAUGGUAUCAUUAAUGAUUUCAUCAGAUGGGGAAUCAUUUGAUGUGGUGUUCAGAUAUUAAUUCAAGUAGUAUAACAAUUAAGACAUUUUUAUUGAUUUAUU